AUGUCUGAGUCACGGGAUAUGCAAGCGCCUUCGAUCCCCAAUCUACUCUCACUGCGCGGCUCCAGUCGUGGGCUGCGAGGACGUAAUCGAGGCCGGGGCGGCCAUCCCGGCGCAGGAGCUUCCAGUCAAGCCCAGCAGGAUGCCACCAUCCAGGGGACCGAUACCGAUGCAGCCGUGAUGCGCCUGAGUGCCGUGGAACUGGGAUACUUGGACGACCAAUUUGCGCAGUACUUUGUCCAGGGGCAGCAACCAAACAGGAGACUCCCUAUCAUCAACAGGGGAACGUAUACCAGGACGACCGCAUUGGACAGGCUCAUCGACUCCUUCCUCGGACACGACUCCGACGCAGACGAACCGCUCCCACGGCGACAGAUCGUCUCCCUCGGCGCUGGCACUGACACGCGGUGUUUUCGUCUGUUCUCCCGCAAGAAUCGUCGACGCGGUCUGAUUUACCAUGAGGUCGACUUUCCUCCCAUCAGCUCACGCAAGCGGAUGAUAGUCCAGGCGACCCCGGCCCUGAGGAGUGUCCUACCGGAUCCGAUACCAAGCGACGACGGACCGGCGUCCGCAUCUUGGCGGAGCACCCCCGAGGGCGAGGGGAACCAGUACUGGUGCCAUGGUCUGGACCUACGAGAUCUCACCAGGGACCAAGGGGAGGGCAAUUCACUGCUCAGCAGGCUCGAAGGACUGCGGACCGAUGUGCCGACGCUGCUGAUCUCAGAGUGCUGCCUCUGCUACCUCGAAACAGCUGAAGCCCAGAAUGUGAUCAAGCGUUUCGUGGAUAAGAUCCCAGACCUGGGCCUCGUCAUUUACGAGCCUGUGAAGCCGGAUGAUGCGUUCGGCCGGCAGAUGGCUUCGAACCUGGCGGCGAGGAGGAUCAGGAUGCCUACCUUGGAGGUGUACAAACAGCCCAAGGAUCAGGAGGGGCGACUCAGAGAGGCCGGUUUCAAGGAAGUGAGGCAAAAGACAGUGGACAGCAUCUGGGGCCAGUGGGUAUCAGAAGGGGAGAAGGAGAGAGUGGACGGGCUAGAGGGGCUAGACGAGGUCGAGGAGUGGCAGUUGUUGGCAGGCCAUUACAUCGUUGCUUGGGGUUGGAAAGGUCCUCGCCUCGAGGCAAUAAAUGGUAUGGAUAUCUCUUAA